GUAUUAGAAGAAAGACGACGAGAAUUUCACUGCGCUAGGAGACGAACGAUUCUGUCCGCGAAGUGAGUGAAGGAAAAAGAACCUGCAGUAUUGCAUUUUCGGUGCAUUGGCGUGUGGUAUUUCAAGGAAUAAUCGUGCGGAAUAGCGGUGAUUAUAGGAAACGGUAUUCGAGGAUUGUGGAAUCUGGAUUUUUCACGUUGGAUUUUUUUGGCCUGGCUGGCUGCUUCAGUGGAGAAUAUAAGGUGUCCUAUCCAACCAGCCAGCAGCAGCGAAUCGAAUAUGAUGCUGUACAUGUAGUAGUGAUGAUGGCCCGUUGGGUGCGCGGAGGCGUGCAUGUGUGUGAGUGCUGUGUUCGUGUUGGCAAGAAGGUGUGAGUGCGCGAGUGUUUCAUCCGUGCCCGUGCAAUAAGCCAAAAGUCCGCUCACUUGAGAAGACUUCCGCGAGAAAGUUUUUUUUUGCUGUGCAAUUUCUGACAAAAGUGGAAAAGAAGAAAAAAGCAGCAGACACGGUGAUUCGAUCGCGAAAACGGGGGUGCCGCUGACUAAAUACUAAUUGGAAAUCCAUUGUGUAACAGCUGGAGCAAGAAUCGACGUCGAGCUAGGAGAAGGAAUUAGUUCGACUCGAAUACAUGGUGCUAAAGUGAUCCGAUCUCCGAACAAUCGGAGAAAAAAAGAGUCCCAAGAAAGGGAAAAAAGUAACAAAGUGAAUCCGAAAUAUCACUAGAAGAAAAAACACAGAAACAGAUAAUAAUUGACCGGAACUUUUGAUUGGUGAAAUUCUACUCUUUUCGUCCCGGUCGUGGUAAAUGGUGGACAUGUCAUGAGAAUUAACAGAAUCGACGAAAGAAUGGAUGAAAAUUCUGCACUGAACCAUCAGAAUGGUGGCAGUGGUCAACUCGGUGGAAUGGGCGUCGGUGGAGCCGGAUCUGGUGUCCAAGCCGGCGGUAGCGUCGGUGGUCUCGGUGGCAUGGUGAACAACAACAAUUCCAUGGGAGGAAUGAACAACAACAAACCCGGUGGCGGCGGCAUGGUAGGAACGGGAGGCGUCGGUAGUGGUCAGGAUGAUCAGAACAACAAAGCCUCGCCGACACAGUACUCGAUUCCGGGCAUCCUGCACUUUAUUCAGCACGAGUGGGCUCGGUUCGAGCUGGAACGGUCUCAAUGGGAUGUCGAUCGUGCCGAACUACAGGCAAAAGUUGCAGUACUAAUAGGUGAACGAAAAGGUCAGGAAUCUCUCAAAUCUGACCUCAUUAGGCGUAUUAAAAUGUUGGAAUAUGCGCUAAAACAGGAACGGGCGAAAUUCCAUCGGUUAAAAUACGGCGUAGAUCCUCCUAUGAAUGAUAUUAAGCCCCCGUCGGACGACCCAGGCAUAGGCACUGAAGUAGCUCCAGAUCCCGAAGUACCCUACAGUUCCGUGUCCAAUAUAACAUGGAGGCAAGGCAGGGAACUGCUGCGUCAAUAUUUACAAGAAAUCGGUUACACUGAAACAAUCAUUGAUAUCCGUUCGAAUCGGGUUCGCUCGUUACUUGGUCUGAACAACAAUAGCGAACAGGAGGAGAAUGUGAAUCCAAACAUCAACGGUGGUAGCGAAACCAAUAAGCGUGCUAGCGAGUCACAAGGUCGUCGGACACCGGCGAAGAAAUCCCAACCCUCGUCAAUGACCGAAGCAAUGAUCAUGGACUCGGAAGCUGCCGUUAUAGCGAAUUUCGAAUUCCUAACGCAAGCCGACUCGGAGAUGUCCGAUGAUGAUGACAUGUCCGACGAGAUCGGCGAGAAUGAGGAAACGGAUAUGAAGACGACAAAGCGAAAAGCCAAAGCUACUAUGAAUGAUGAUGACGUCGAUGCUGAAGCGGAUGAAGUUAUCAAUGAGCUGAAUCUGCUAACAGAGGGUGAGGACAGUAAUUUGACAGAAAACAGGAAAGCCGACGGAGGGGAUUUAUUUGUUGGCUACAACAAACCAGCCAUACCACGCCACCCCACGAUACCGGGAAUCACCAGCGACGAGGAGGUGGACUCUUCGCUAGGGUUGGGUGAGCUAGCGCAACUAACAGUCAAUAACGAGGCCGACUCCACGUACGAGGUAUCCAACGCGAAGGAACCAUAUCGCAAGACCUGGAACGCCAAAUACACGCUACGGUCACACUUUGAUGGUGUCCGAGCCUUGGCGUUCCAUCCGCAGGAGUCCGUUUUGAUAACUGCCUCGGAAGACCACACGCUCAAGCUGUGGAAUUUACAGAAAACCGUGCCAGCUAAGAAAUCAGCUAGUCUUGACGUGGAACCUCUCUACACGUUCCGUUCACAUACCGGUCCGGUGCUGUGUUUAGCAAUGUCGCCCAAUGGCGAACAAUGCUACUCGGGUGGGCUAGACGGAGCGAUCAACUGUUGGAACCUACCGAAUUACAACAUUGACCCAUACGAUAACUACGACCCAGAGGUAAUCAAAUGUACGCUGGACGGACACACCAAUGCCGUAUGGGGUCUAGCAGUGAAUCACACGAAAAAUAGUCUUGUUUCGUGUUCCGCUGACGGCACCGUUAAGUUGUGGACACCUUCCGGUAAGAUUCCACAACUGAACACUACAUUCACGUCGGAAACGGAAGGAAUUCCAACGUCGGUGGAUUUCGUCCGAGAUCAAACCGAUAGAAUAGUGGUUGCAUACAGUAGUACGCAUUGCAUCAUCUACGACACGGAAACAGGCCGGCAAGUGGUUAAACUAGAAGCCAGUCAGGAAAUGACGGGCAACGUAGGGAAACACAUUAACAAAGUGAUCAGCCAUCCGACGCUACCGAUAACGAUUACGGCGCACGAGGACCGGCACAUUCGGUUCUGGGAUAACACCACCGGUUCGUUAAUACACUCGAUGGUGGCCCAUCUGGACGCCGUCACUAGUUUGGCCAUCGAUGCGCACGGGUUGUAUCUGCUGUCCGGGUCACACGAUUGCUCCAUUCGACUGUGGCACAUGGACAACAAAACUUGUGUGCAGGAAAUCACUGCACAUCGUAAAAAGUUUGACGAAAGUAUAUUGGACGUAGCAUUUCAUCCUUCGAAACCGUACAUUGCUAGUGCGGGUGCUGAUGCAAUUGCUAAAGUGUUCGUUUAAUAUAAGCCACGCUAUAAAUUUUAUGAAUGUUCUGAGCUACGGGCGGUACUAGCGCGUGUAGAUCUUAUCAAAAUUAUUCCUAUUCAAGCUGAAAUCACGAAAGCCAUCAGAUUUACUAGGAAACAAUUUAUACUAUCAUAUGCGAAAGUAACCGUCAAAAUGGUAAACGUCACGCUACAUUACCACGUGGAAACAAAACUUACGUGUGUGGAAUAAACUGACCAUACCGACAUAUCGAUUCCAUUAGCAUUACCGAAAAACAUUGACUAAAAUCAACUCAAGUUUGAAGCAACAGCUUUUGCGUUUUGGAACUGAUAUGGAGGCAUGGUUUGUGUUCGUUAUUCGUGCGUUUGUUAGUUUCGUCCAUGUCGAAAGUAUGGCUGGAGGUAAAAGAAUGGCAUGUUCUUUAUAUGAUAAUAUAUACAAAUGCGGGCAGUGGGAAAGAGAUUCAAACAAAAGAUGACGAUAUGGUAGAUACAACAGAGAAAAGUAGUUGUUUUUAAUUAUCACGAACAUUCUAGUUACAAAAACAUAAUGAAAGCUGACGAUUGAAAGGAAGUAAUAACAGACUUAGUAAUAUGCAUGAUAAUUUUUACAGAAAAAAAAACAAGAACUCACAUAAAUACACGCAGCAUAACACACAAACACAUACAUACAUUCUUACACGACUACUCGACCCAAAAGUAUUUGGAAACCGAAUACAACAAGCUGCGAACUUCAGAGUUUGAGCAAUGCGAACCAUAUGACAUACGUACAUACCGGGCACUCCUUUAACUCGGCUGAUUGCUAAUGGACUUGUUAAUGGAAUAAAAAAAAAGAAGUCUGAAACGGAAUGCUGAACUGGUCUAAAGCCGUAACGUAAAGCUUGUUGGAACGUUCCAGAAAAGGUUUACAUUCUGCUUUUUUUUUUGUUCCUCUAAAUUUCGUCAACUUUUAGGUGAUUUCAUUAUGAAUUUCUGGAAAAAAAAUCGCAAAUAAUCCAAAGCAAAUGUUAUGAAGGAUAUCCAAAACUGAUUCAUUUCACAGACAAUAGAGAACGCGAAGUUUCGAUAAGAUUCCAAAUGUAUCACGGUUACGGCCCUGCACUGUGCCGUCCCCUGAUUCAAUUGUUUAAAUUGCGUCACUGUACCGUUUCAGAUUUUUUGUUUUUCCAUUGCUUAAAGAUGUCCUAGCCAGAAUCGUUGAAGAAUAGUGAAAUAAUUCCUAUGAACGAAUUUUAUAGAUAAUUCACAAAUUAACGGAAUAAAUUAGAACGCCAACCAAACAAAAACAAAAUCGUAGAAAAUCUUAUCCCGUUUUUAAAUACUUCAUUUCCUAAUCAACCCACCUCCCUACGUUGUUUAUCUCCUUGCUUCCUGUUUGAUUACGAACAAGAAGCACCCUUAGAGAAUGAAUCUUUACGUAUACAGAAACGUUGUCCCCUCUGCGCGUCUCCUAUUCUCCCUCCAAUGCGUCACUUUCGUACUCCCAAUAGUAGUCUGUGUCUGUUCAUUUUUUAAUAGUUUUUUAUGUUUCUUGAGCAAAAAACGGGCAGAAAUAUAUUAAACAGAAAUAGUGUUGAAACAAAAACUAAAAAAAAGUAUAGAGGACUCAUUCAUGGAUUUCAACGUGAGUUUUAGAUCUUAGUGUAGAAAGUGAUAAGAAAAAUGAUAUAAAAUGCAAAUUAAUUGAAAAGAAAUAUGUAUAACAAUGUAGACUCCUACAUAAAAAGAAAUCCUUAACAUGCAUGAUGGGAUAGGAAAAGGAAACAAAGGAACAAGUUUAGUCAUUGCAAAACAAGAACAGCCAACUAAACGUCUAUCACGCACUUGUCAAAAAAAAAACAAAAACAACAAAAGUAUAAUGUGAGCCGCAUCCAAUGAAGGCCGAUCACAGUGCAGAAUCAUAACGGAAAAGUGAAAACAAAGUAAAAAAUGUAUUUAUUUUACUCAUAUAAUCGUAAUACGUUGUUAAUUAAUGAUUUGAUUUAUUAUAAAUAAAGUGUAGAUUAAUUA